AUGUCUCCUUCAUGUACAAGUAUAACCGCUGCCGCGGCAAUCGGCCUGCUCCUCUUCGCGCAGCCGUGCCCAGCGCCGCUGCUCGCAAUACCCAUUCUAGCUGGAGGUCUGAGCACUGGAAUAGCGGCCGCUGGGCUUGCGACUGGCGUCGUCGGUGCCGGAGCAGCUGUUGGGUCCCUUAUCAACGACAUCAACAAUAACGACAAGAAGAAACGCCAAGUCAACGACGCGACAUCUAUAUGGGAGUCAAUGAACUUGUGCGCCCAGUACAUUACUACCAGUGGGCAGGUGACGGUGAGCUCUGGUCGCGGCAUCAUCCAAGCAGACAACUGCCCCGAGAUCUGUGGCGAUGCUAUUGCGGCAUAUAACAGCGCACCUAGACUCGCUGAGAUGGACAAAAUGUUCGGCACUAUACAAUGGAACCGGGGCACGAUUAUUGUCGACACCAAUGGCGUCAACGCAGGCCCGCCUGGCCAGCGAAAUAGCAACAACCAAGGGUCUGGCAGAGGCUCAAAUGACCGUAACCUGCUUGGGGACCUGGCCACCGGCAAUCGCCAGGCUGCCGGUGCUGACAUUGCUGGCGCCCGCGACGGUUUCAACUUCAAAGCAUGA